UAAACUCACGCUUUCGACAGAGCCUACAUUAAAGUCACCAACGUGCAUUAUUAAUUCAGUUUGUAUGAAAGCACAUUUGAUGAAAACCGUGGUUCUCCUUUGGCGUCCACCGUCAUGCAUAAAGGACACUCGUUUUAGCGUCCUACCCGCGGCAAUUUAACUCAAGUUGAAGACUUGUUCUUUUGAUGUGCCUUGAUUUGCAUGUAUGCUCAGACAUUGGGGUGCAUUUCCUGCCUUUGAAAGUUUCAGGUUACACUAGCGCACCGCAAUGGGCUAUUUUUGGGAUUUUAUGGCGCAGUAUCAGUGAUGCUUUGUGGUAAAAAUAAUAAUAAACGGGUAUGCUCAAGAAACUCACAAUGCUGGUGUGGCUGUCUGAAUGAUGAUGACGCGAUGUCUGAUGUUGAGGUCACAUACGCCGACUUCAUCGCAUCUGGCAGGACGGGACGUAGGAACGCCCUCCACGACAUCCUGCAGAGCCCUAGUGACCCUGAGGGCAGAGAGCUCACCCUUACGCUCUCUCUAUCCCAGCUGCACAUCAACGCAGGAGGGGGAGAUGCAAACGACACCGAUGACACCCAAAGUUCACCCUCCUCGGCCCAAAGAGAAGCGGCGCAGAAGAACAGCUAACUUGACGCGGUCGCUCGCCAGCAAACUGAACAUUGCAGGAUUGAGUCCCGCCGGGCCUUAUCGGGUCCAAACUCGCUCUUCACGCCCAGCAGGUAGUCGGGGGUUAACACAAUACUGAUGCCUUUGCAUGACUGACACUUUUGAGACGAGUUAGCGGCAAGUGGAUCAAAAACCUAAAAACUCCAGCGUGGGGGCAAUGAACUGGAAUUUGGACUUUGCUCCCGCCCCUUCUCUGCACUACAACAGCAGACCUUGCAGCGUGUACUUUUGAGUUCAAGUGAAACGAAAUGAAGCUGUUGCUCAAACACAUUUUUAGUCUUCACUGAGGGAAUUAAGUGCAGCGCAACACUGACGGCUGUGAAUGGAAAAGAGAGCCUCUGUGAUUUUUUGUCCAUGUGCAAGCAAUUUGUGAGCCCAUUGCGAUGUGCUCAGGUCGCCAGUGGAGCUCGCAUGUGUGUCGAGGUAGCGAUGCAGAUGGGGAAUAUAUUGCAAGUUAACGGCGUGCGCUUCCUUGAAACUGACGGUGCUGUUGAGAAAAUGGGACAGGCUGUAAGCGCGACCGGAAACCGCGUCAAGAAAUGCUGGUCUUUGGAUACUUGGCCGCUUGGAUUAAACUAAAUUGGGCUGAAGUUCACAUCCCAUGAAGAACACGCGGAAGGAACAUUUAAAAUCCAAAUCAUCACAGCUGAAACACAUCACAUCCCAAACAGAAAGCCAAGAGAAGAUCAUUUAUCAAACUGUUGUGAGAAAAAAAAAAUGUAAUGCAGAUGUUUUGCACUAACAAGUUCACUCUGACUAUUUUGCCCACUAGUGGAACUACUCCGACCACCCUUUAGAAUCACUACUGUACAGGAUGGAACCAUUUCUGGCAUUUUGGUGGUGCUGCGUGACUUUAUGCUUCGCACUGUACUGCACUUGCCCUUCCAUUGUGACCUGUUUUCUGUAAUUACGCCCAACCUUAAAGGAACCAUCUCCCUGGCCACCGCCUGCGCACACGAAGAGGGAGUUUGCAUUGUCAGGUCCGCCAGGUAGAUAUGCAGCCAAGUCCAGCGAAUUUAGCGUACAUUUCACUCAUGAAAUAUUUGCGAUUUUAGCCUGCGCGCUAGUCACGGUUUACAGUUUUUUGUACGACGUAUUUGUUUUUAUUUGACAUCAGCUGAUGUGCACCAUGAGAUAGUGAUAAAUACUAAAACCCUGUCCUUGUACUUUUAUUCAUUCUGCAGACAUUUACAACCGUCACAUGUACAAAUCAGUGAAUUUGAGCGGGACCGGCAGAACAAAGUUCUUCCGUUUCCUUCAAUUUCAUUGCGCUAAGCAAAAGUCUGUCUUUUCUUGCCUAAUUCAUUUUUGUAGGUUGUCCUCUCGGGCAACGUCCAUUUCCCUGUUAGUGUGAAUCUCGAUGCGUUUGUGUGGCCCUCCUCCGAUCAGGUUAUUUGUCGACUGCCACAGUGACGCCACUGUGCACACGCAGCUUUUUAUAAAUCAGCUUGUAGGAAUGUGAGGUCGCAUGAGUUUUGGUAAAUGUCUUAACCGUGUGCUGCGCGUGACCUCUUUUGCACACCUCGUGUCAGUCCAAGUGAAAUAAAGGACCCAUGGCAUCCGCGUU